UACGUUUUGAAACCUUCGGAAAAUAAUCUGACAUGUACUCAAGUAAUUAUUUAUAUUUUUAAUUGAUUAUUUACGAUAUGAAAAAUCAUAUAAAAAGUAACAGGAACACGAUUUUAAUUCAAAAACGUAAUCCGUGAUUUUUAAUCGCAUCAUUGAUUAUUUUAUAUUCGCAAUGAUUAGCGCAAUUAUUUUAAUUAUUACCGUAAUUUCACCAUCUCACUGUUCGGAGAUUCACGAACGCAUGACUCGAAUCGAACGACGGAGUAUUUUCCCAUCAUACAAUAAAGUUCCUUAUUAUGAAGUUAUGCCAAUGUCAUACGAAACAACAAAAAAUGGAGAUGAUGAAAGCCACAAAGUAGUAAUAAAUGCAUUCAAUCGAAGCCUCGAAGUUUAUUUGAAUCCUACAGACGGAUAUUUAGUUAGCGAAAAUACUCCCGUUUGGACUGUAAGGCCCGACAGAUUUUCUAAAAAAGGUUUAAAAUAUCGCCAAGUACAGGACCCUUUCAAAAAUAUUGGGAAAAUAUACCAGGAUAUCUUAACAAACUCGUCGGUUAUAUUGUAUAGAUCUAAUAACGGACGGGUUAAACUAUACGGAAAAAUUCAUAACGAUUUUGUAGUACAUCCAGUACCUCCACGAUUUUUAAAUGAAUUUUUCCGUAUGAAGAGAAGUAUAACCGAUGAAAACAGCGAAUUUGAGGAAUCCCAUCCUCAUAUUAUUUACCGACGAGAAGUUUCAAGUGACGACAAUCUACCAAGCAGAAUUAAGCUGGUAGAAAGGGUAAGAAGAUCUCAACAUCGUAGAAGUAAACGAAGUGUACCGGAAAUUAUUUACCCACAAUUAUUAGUAAUCUUGGAUCACAGUUUAUACGAUAUUCUAGGCAAAGAUUACAAAUCAACUAUUAUGUAUAUGCUUUCUUUUUGGAAUGCUGUCGAUUUGAGAUAUCGAUCAUUAAGUGGACCAAGAAUACGAUUAAAUAUCGCGGGAUUCGUUAUAUCGAUAAAAGAAGGCGGCACACCGUACAUAGAAAACUUUCGUCGCGGAGAAGUAGAAGUUGAUGCUGAUUUAGCAUUGACAGAUAUGAGCAAAUAUUUCUACACGGAAUCAAGAUUUCCAUUUGAUAUGUACGAUAUGGCGGUUGCCAUGACAAACUACGACAUGUGUAAUAUGGAAAAUGGUUAUUGUGACACAUCAACAUUAGGAUAUGCAUUCGAAAUGGGAGCAUGUAACAGAAGUCUUAUAGACCAUGUAACUGAAGCCGUAGGAAUGAUAGAAGAUAAUGGCGGUUACAGUGCCAUUCUCCCAGCAGCUCAUGAAGUUGGACACUUACUAGGUCUCCCACACGACGGUUCUGAAGAAACGUCAGAUUGUCCAGGAUACGAGGGAAAUAUUAUGACCGGCACUGUUACGUUUAGUCACAAUAGUUUCCUAUGGUCUAAAUGUAGUAAGCGGUUACUUGAUGAAUUUUUCAGCUCAACCGACGCAGUUUGUCUUUUUAAUGAGCCGCAAAGAACUAAAAAAUUACCAAACGUCUUGCCCGGAAAAAUUCUAUCACUCGAUGAACAGUGCAAAAAAGUCUAUGGAUCUAGAGCUUGCUACUAUGACGAAAGAGUGUGUACGAAACUCGAGUGUUUUAUGCCAAGAGGAGGCGGGUACUGUAAAGCAAUAUCGUCUGCCGCUGAAGGAUCGAAAUGCGGCGAUGGAAUGCACUGUAUACGAGGGAGCUGCAUCGCCAAAAAUGCGACAACACUUCCUGAUUUGGUGGCGACUGAACCAACAUUUAGGAGGCGCCCAAAUCGUUUUCACUUUGGACCUUCACCAAUUUCUCACUUUAAUUAAAGAAAAUUAAAAAAAUACUAUCCUAUUUAAUUGUUAAUUUAUUGUUAUAAAUAAUAUUGUAAAUAAAAUAUUUU